AUGUUACGUGAUAUUCAUCCGUUUAAAGCUCUAUCAUCACGAAUUGCUGCGAAUGAUAAACAAGCGGAUAUUAAUCGUGAAAUUCAAAAUUGUCGAGAAGAACAAUCCGAACGAUUUGAUUUAAGUAAAAGUAGUGUCACUAUUUUACCAAAUACAAUCAAAGAUUUGACACAUGUUCGUGAACUCUAUUUGUACAGUAAUCGAAUUCAACAGUUACCACCUGAAAUCGGUAAUCUUGUCAAUUUAAAAGUAUUGGCAUUAAGUGAAAAUUCAUUGACCACUUUACCAGAUUCAAUGGAUCGUUUAGUACAACUGAAAGUAUUAGAUUUAAGACAUAAUAAAUUUGCUGAUAUUCCUGAAGUUAUUUAUCGCAUAACAAGUAUAACAACACUUUAUCUUCGAUUUAAUAGAAUUAAAGAAGUAUCAGAACAAAUUCGAAACCUUUCCCUUAAAGUAUAUUUAAAAAAAGUGUCCCACAGUGGAGGGUGGUUAUUUGAUCUUGGACUCCCGGAAAAUCCCGGAACGAAUCUUCAAAUGUUGAGUCUUCGUGAAAAUAAAAUUCGUUAUCUUCCACCAACUGUUGGACAACUUGUACAAUUAUUAACAUUAGAUGUAGCACAUAAUCAUCUUGAACAUUUACCAAAUGAAAUAGGAAAUUGUUCGAAUUUAACAACUCUCGAUUUAACUCAUAAUGAAUUAGUCGGUUUACCAGAGUUGAUAGGAAAUUUAAAAAAUCUUAGUCGAUUAUUAAUAAGAUACAAUCGUCUAUCAGCCAUUCCAUCAUCAUUAGCAAAUUGUUCAAAAUUAGAUGAAUUUAAUAUUGAAGGAAAUAAUGUAUCUCAAUUACCUGAGGAUCUUCUUUCAAGUCUUGUUCAUUUAAAUACAAUAUCUUUAGCUAGAAAUAAUUUUAAUUCAUUUCCACUUGGCGGGCCAACACAAUUCACAUCAGUUCAUUCUAUUAAUAUGGAAUGUAACUCAAUCGAUAAAAUUCCAUUUUCCAUAUUUUCUCUAGCAAAAUAUUUAUCAAAAUUAAAUAUGCGUGAAAAUGCAUUAACAUCAUUACCAUUAGAUAUUGGUAGUUGGACAGCUAUGGUUGAAUUAAAUUUAGCCACAAAUCAAUUGACAGUUAUACCCGAAGAUGUUAAAAAUUUACAAAAUCUUGAAGUUUUAAUUAUGAGCAAUAAUCAUUUAAAAAGAAUUCCACCAUCAUUAGGGCAAUUACGAAAACUAAGACAUUUAGAUUUAGAAGAAAAUAAACUUGAUUCACUACCUCAAGAAAUUGGCUAUCUAAGAGAAUUAACAAGACUCAUUGUUGCUUCGAAUCAGUUGUUACAAUUACCACGAUCAGUAGGAUCACUGACAAAUCUGACACAUUUGAAUGUUGGUGAAAAUAAUCUAACAUCAUUACCAGAAGAUAUAGGUCAAUUAGAAAAAUUAGAGCAAUUGUAUAUAAAUGAUAACCAAAAUUUAGAUGUAUUACCAUAUGAAUUAGCAUUAUGUACAAAUUUACAAAUAAUGAGUAUUGAAAAUUGUCCAUUAAGAAGUCUGCCACAAGAAAUUGUCGCUGGUGGACCAUCUCUUGUUAUACAAGUACCUCAAUAG